AUGGGAUCACGGUAUAAGUUAUAUAAUAAAACAAUAAAUUAUAUAUUUUUAAUAUUAAAUAUUAGUUUAUUAUCUUUCGCACAACGUAAUAUAGAUGCCGGUUCAAGUAGUCAGUUUGAAACAAAUCCAGAAGCUUUCACAUCAACUGGUCUCAAUUUUUAUUCAAGUAAUAGUUUAGUAAGAUAUGGUAUUAAUGCUGGUGAUUUUAAAGUUCAUCCAUCAUUAUUAACAUCUGGUCAAACAAUUGAUUUACAUCAUUUUUUUCCUUAUUAUGGUGGUCUUUAUAAUUAUACAACUAUAUCUGUUAAUGGAUAUAUAGCAUUUGCAAAUGUUUUAGAUCAAGGACCAACAAUAAAUGUUGGACCAACAGCAACUGAUUGGCCUAAGCAACAAGAUCCUGCUAUGAUGGCACCAUAUUUAUGUAAACAACAAAUACCACAAAAUAUUCCACCAGGUUUUCAAACUGGUGUUUAUUAUCGUGUUAUUUUAAGAUCAACUGCUUUUGGUAAAGCAUCAGAUAUGUCUAGUUCUUAUCAACAAAGUAUCUUUUUUGGUUCUCAACGUAGUGCAUGUCCUGGAACAGGUGAUGGUUAUGUAAAAUGUAAUAAUGAAGGUGAUAGAUUUCUUGAUGAAAUGAUGAAACGUCUUAUGGAAGGUGUUGCUGGUGCUGCAGCAUUUCGUGCUGAUGCAGCUUUAGUUGUUACAUGGGAAAAUACAGCAUCAGCUAUUGCUGGAAGAUCAGAUUUUGAUAGUGGUAAAUUAGGUACAUAUCAACUUAUAUGGUUAACUGAUUAUGCAAUGAGACUUAGUUAUACAAUUAUUAAUUAUGAAAAAUUAGGUUUUGAUGCAGCUGAUGUACGUGAUAAUUCUAAAACUGGUAGAUGUAUAGCUGUUUUUAAUGGAGGUAAUCAUACUGGUUUAGUACCUAUAGAUCCAACACAAGGAUAUAAAAAUACACCAAAAGUUUUAUCACAACGUUCUGGUGUACCACAUUUAGGACGUGGUAUAUAUAUGUUUCGUGUUGAUGAUGUUGUUAGACCAGCAGGUUGUUCCAAUAAAACUGGUGGAACAUAUCCAAUUUUAAUUUAUCCAAAUAUAGUUAAUAUGUUAGGUGAAAUGACUGUUGAUAUAAAUGCAUUAUGUCUUGAUCCAACACAAACAUAUGUUCUUAUGAUUGAACAAAGACAAACUGCUACAUGUACUGUAUUAAAUUCAGCUAUAGCAAGAUGUAAUUUACCUAAAAUAUAUGAUUGGGGUACAAAAACAGUCUAUUUUCAACCACAAUCAAGUGGAGCAAAUGAAGAAAAAGCAUUUGUUGGAUAUAUAUAUUUUGUACCACCAACAUUAGAUCCAAUGAGAUUAGAUAUAGGUAAUUUAUAUGAUUGGUAUAAAAAUCCAAUGGGUAGAUUAACAAUGCCAUUAUCAUGGUAUCCUAGAAAUUUUACAAAUACUGAUAUGGUAACAAGACAAAAUUUUCAAUUAUCUGAUGUAAAUCUUUAUACUGUACAAUUAGGAUUAUAUGUAAUUGGAUAUAAAGAAGAUAAAGAUGAAAAAAUAAAAAAAUUCCGUCCAGAACAUCGUGUUAUUGCAAGAUUAGCAACAUAUAAUAAUCGAGGAGAUUAUGAACAUCGUUGGAAACCACAAGAAGAAUUAAUUAAUCUUGAUCAAGUUGAACAAUGGUAUUUAACAGAAUGGGAAAGAUUAAAUGAAUUAUAUUCUUUUCGUGUAGGAUAUCUUAAAUUAGCACCUAUAAGAACUGAUCAAGGAAUAAGUGUUAGUUUAUUACCUGGAUUAGUAUCAGCACCAAUAUCAUUACAUUGGUUAUGGACAAUACAAAAUACUCGAAUUGAUACAACACAAACAAUUAGUACAUCAACAGGUGAAUUUGUUGAUAAAAAAGCUGAAUGGAUUCAUGAAAAAGCUACUGAAAUGUGUCAUGAUUGGUAUGAUGAAGAUGGUGCAUUAUUUAAUUUUAUUCGUGAUACAGAAACAAAUGCAUCAUGUCCAUGUGUUGAAUCACAAGCAAAACUUGAUCUUGGACGUUUUAUGCCACAUCCAAGAUGUUCACAAACAUUUAGAGAUAUUACUUGUACAACAAUGAUUGGAGCUAAAAAUUGUUAUAUGUCAUCACAAAAUAUUUAUGGUAGUAGUACAACUGGUAGUCAUAGUUAUGCAACAAGUUCACGUUUUCCAACACAUUAUGGACAAGUAUGUUGUUAUGAUGCUACUGGAUAUUUAAUGCAAACAUCAUAUCAACCUGUUAUUAAAGUUAUUGAAGAAACACCAUAUAAUCCUGGUUUUCCAUUACGUGCAUAUGAAUUUGGUACAUCACCAUAUAUGGGACAAUUUGAAGUUCCUGGUUUAUCAUCAUUUCAUCAUGAUUAUAUGCCAUACUUUUUAUGUUGUAAAUUUGCUAAAUCAAGAUGUCAAAUGUUUUAUUGGAGAAGACCAUCAUCAGCAUGUCAAGCAUAUAAACCACCAGCUGUUGGUGAAGUAAUUGGUGCUGGAACAUUUUAUACAUUAGAUAAUCAAAAAUUUGUUUUUAAUGAUCCUGGUGUAUUUAUUUUAUUAAAUAUUCCUAAAGCAACUGUUACACCUGAAGUUAGAAUACAAGUUAGAUUAGAAAGAUAUCCAAAUAGAAGAGUUGAUUUUAGUCAACUUGGUAGAUAUCUUAGUCAACAAGAUUUAGUACAACCAAGUAAUGCUACAGUUGUUACUGGUGUUGCUAUUGAAGCAACUGGAACAGAUAGAGUACAUGUUGUUGUAAGAAAAGAUACAAGAAGAUUUAGAUAUAGAACUAGUGUUAUAGUUGGAAAUAUAAUGAGAUAUUUUGAUACAAUGCGUAUACAAAGAUUUAAAGGUGUUCUUGUAUAUGUUAAUAAUAUUGAAAGAGGACAACCAGAAGUAUAUGUUGUAUUAGAAGAAGCACAAAUUGGUAUUAGAGUACGUGAAUCAUAUUCACUUGAUAUUGAUAGACUAUCUGAUCUUCAAGAAUCAAUGGGUAUGUUAGAUGUUCAAGUUAGUGUACCACAACAAUAUGGUAUUCGACCUGAUGGUAAUCGUAUGUAUGAUAUAUAUGGUGAUAAAAGUAUAUUUCCAACAAUAACAGGAUUAUUAAGACCAGAUGAAAGUGGUGGAAUAUAUAAUACACCAAUGACAGAUUCUGAUGUUAAUGGUGGAGUUGCUGCAUCGUUAAAUAGAUAUAAAAUUCCUGGUUCUGGUGAAGCUGGUAGUCAAGAUAAUUAUGCUAGUGCAUAUGCAACAACAGAUUCUGCUUAUAAAAAUAUGUUUACAACAUCAAGAGAUGAAGAUAAAAAAUUUGAAGUAUUUCCUGAAGCAUUUAUGAAAUCAGAACCUGUAUAUGCUGCUGCACCUUAUUGGGUUCAACCACCUCAUAAUUUUAAAGCACAAACUGGUGCUGAUAUAUCAUCAUUAAUUAAUAGAUGUUCACAAACACAAAUUAGUUCUAGUCAAGGAAUUAAUUAUAAUCAAUAUGGUGUUGCUCAAUAUCAAAUAAUGACUGAUUGUCCUGAUGAUCCAUCAAAUGUUCUUCAAGUUUGUGGUGAUAGUCCUUCAUGUAAAUAUGAUUAUGCUUUAUUAAAUGAUAAAAGAUUAGGUCAACAAGUAUAUAUGGAAUAUAAUAAUUUUGUUUCUGAACGUUAUGAAGCUAGUAGAAAGUAUAAUAGUUGUGGUGCAAUUAAUAUUGAAUAUCCAGAAUAUAUGACAAAAACACCAGCAUUAUCUCCAAGUUAUUUAGAAGGUGAUACAGCACGUUUUGAUUGUUUUCAAACACAUUGGGUUAAAGGACAAAAUGAAUAUACAUGCCAAUUAGUUGCUGAUUAUAAUGAUCCUAGUAGAUAUCGUUAUGAAUGGAAUAAAGGAAAUCAACCAUGGUGUAGAUCAAAAGAAUUAGAUAACUUUUUAACAUGGUUAACAGGAAUAUUAACAACUGUUGGUAUAAUUAUUGCUAUUGUUUUUAUUUUCUUAAUAUGUUGGUCAGUAUCUAAAAGAAAUUUACAAAAAAAUAGAAAUGAUACAAAUACAUAUAAAACAAGAGAUACCUCAACAGAUAAAAGUAUAAUAAAAAAUCGAUUUAGAAAUCAAGAUUUGUUAGAUGGAAUAGAUGAUGAUGGAAUGACAACAAUGAGAUAUUCUCCAAAACCAGGAAGACGUUAUAAUAGAGAUGAUAUCAUGUCAAAUAUUUCACCUGAUGAUACACCUGAUUUAAGAAGUAGACAAAUGAAUGGAGAAGCUACAAAUUUACUUGGAAUGAAAACAAGUGUUUAA